CCUUAUAUACAAUGAUCAUCCGCCGUAGCCUUUACCGCAUGGUUUAUCGGCAUGAUGCUGGCCCUUGCAUUGUUGCUCUUGGUCUUGGUCCUCGUCUGCAUCAUUAAGCGAAACAGAGGUGGAAAAUUUGGCGCCCAUGAGAGGAAGGCCACUCACGGACGCAAGGACUUCAACGAAGAUGCUGGAUUCCAUGAAUACUCUCAACCAGUCGAUAGCAGUCGGGCGCCCAGCAAAGCGUCUUUGAGCAGCGGUGCCAAAAUGCCACCCAAGAGCGAAGAUAAUGAAUCCAUGGACGAUUACGGAGAAGGAGAAGCCGGUAAAAGCUUUUAUUCUAUUUCGUUUAAUGUAAUUUCUAUAGCUUAA